AUGGAAGACUACGUCUUCCCCGAGACCGGUGCGAAGGGGGGGCCGCCGACGCCGUUUGAGAUUCUUGGCCUGGAGCGGAGCGCGUCCGGCGGCCAGAUCAAAGCUGCGUACUACCGCCUCGCCCUCAUCCUGCACCCGGACUCGUCCCACCCCUCCGCGUCGUCCGACCACUUUGCGCGCCUGAACAAGGCCUACAAGCUCCUCAACACCAACGCGGGACGCAGCACGUACCUGUCCACGGGGUACGGCUGGAACGGCGGCGGCUUUGACUCUGAAUACGCCGAGUCGAGCGCCGACGCCAUGGUGCGCGAGGCGAUCCGGCGCGCACGCGCAAACGGCGCGCACGAGUGGCGGGGACGCGGGUUCCGCGACUCCGAGGCCGGCGCGGGCGCCUGGGGCGCGCACCGCAUGGGUACGGACGGUCAGUGGCAGCCGUACGACGCCGACGGGCACGCGUCGGGCGGCGGAGACGCGCUGUACAUGUCCAACAACAAGUUUGUCAUGGUCAUUGCCAUCCUGGCGGGUAUCGCAGUGUGGGCGCAGUGGGUGCAGAUUGACAAUGUGGUCGACACGAGUCGCGCGUCGAUGAUUGACAGGCAUGUCCAUGCGGCUAGGGCGCUCGCAGAUGCCCGCAAGGACGCUUCAAUCUAUGGCCAGGAGCGUCGAGACGCCAUCCACCGCCAUGUCCGGCAGAGGGCUGUUCUUGACGAGAUUGACAGGAUGACCCAAGGAGGAAGCACGGGUCACACGGCGGCCAUCCCCCCACCACAAGCGAGAGACGACGCCGCACUUGCUGCUCGUCCAGUUCCACCACCCGCACCGCCUUCACCCACGAGCCCAAGCGCAAGUCUGUGA